GCGUAAUGUGGGUGUAGACAAACGAAUAAAGGAAUUAUAUUUUCAAAAAUUCCGCUUUCUUUCUUUCUUUCUUUCAUCCGACGUGCAAUUCGGAGACUUUCCCUUUCUUUCAUCCAUACAAGACCACCAAGCUUCUCCAUUGUUAGGGUUUCCUCUCAAAUCAGGUUUGAUUGGUGAACUUUGGAAAGUUUUGUGUUGUGGUAUGUGAUGUCAUGAUUUGGAAAUAGGUAUUAGGUCUGCCUUGAUUUGUGGAUAGAGCUUUGUUGUUUUGUGGUUGGGAUUGUUGAAGGCUAUAUAGCUAACUUUUGUUGGAAAUGAGUGUAGUUGGUUUUGAUGUUGGAAAUGAAAAUUGUGUUAUCGGAGUUGCGAAGCAAAGGGGAAUUGAUGUGAUAUUAAAUGAUGAAUCGAAUCGAGAGACACCAGCAGUGGUGUCGUUUGGUGACAAACAAAGGUUCAUUGGCUCGGCUGGAGCUGCAUCGGCUACUAUGAACCCGAGAUCGACUAUUUCACAGGUUAAGAGGUUGAUUGGUAGGAAAUAUAGGGAGCUUUCUGUUCAAAAGGACCUGAAAUUGCUUCCGUUUGCGACAUCUGAGGGACCAGAUGGUGGGGUUUUGAUUCAUUUGCAGUACAUGGAUGAGAAGCAGAGUUUCACUCCUGUUCAGAUUAUGGCGAUGCUAUUUGCACAUUUGAAGCAAAUUGCUGAGAAGAAUCUUGAAACAGAUGUUUCGGAUUGUGUUAUUGGCAUACCUUCGUACUUCACGGAUUUACAGCGACGUGCUUAUUUAUAUGCAGCGGAAAUCGCUGGGUUGAAGCCAUUGAGAUUGAUGCAUGACGGCACUGCAACUGCACUGGGUUAUGGAAUAUACAAGACUGAUUUUUCAGCUGGGGGUCCAACAAAUGUUGUGUUUGUUGAUGUUGGUCAUUGUGAUACACAAGUUGUUGUAGCAUCUUUUGAACCUGGUCAUAUGAAGAUAUUGUCUCAUGCUUUUGAUAGUGACUUGGGGGGGAGAGACUUUGACGAAGUUUUAUUCAGACAUUUUGCUGCAAAUUUCAAGGAACAGUACAAUAUUGAUGUUUAUUCAAAUGCUAGGGCUUCUAUAAGAUUGAGGGCUGCAUGUGAGAAACUGAAAAAAGUUUUAAGUGCAAAUCCAGAGGCUCCGCUUAAUAUUGAGUGCUUGAUGGAUGAGAAAGAUGUAAAAGGUUUCAUCAAAAGAGAGGACUUUGAGAAACUUUCAUCAGAUUUAUUGGAGAGGAUAAGCGUUCCUUGUCGUAAAGCUUUGCAUGAUUCUGGGUUGACUGCAGACAGGAUUCAUACUCUUGAGCUUGUAGGAUCAGGUUCUCGAAUUCCAGCCAUGGGAAGAAUUUUAAAUUCUGUAUUCAGAAAAGAACCGGGGCGGACAAUAAAUGCUAGUGAGUGCGUAGCACGUGGAUGUGCUCUUCAAUGUGCAAUGCUCAGCCCUAUAUUUCGUGUUAGGGAGUACGAGGUUCAGGAUUCAUUUCCUUUCUCCAUUGGGUUUGCAUCUGAUGAGGGUCCAGUUUGCACCCUAUCAAAUGGCAUAUUGUUUCCAAAGGGCCACAGUUUUCCAAGCAUGAAAGUGCUCACAUUGCAAAGGAGCAGCAGUUUCCACUUGGAAGCAUUCUACGCUAACCAGAAUGAGUUGCCACCUGGUGUAUCCGAUAAAAUAAGCAAAUUUACGAUUGGCCCAUUCCAGAUUCCUCAUUCUGAAAAAGCAAAGAUCAAAGUCAAAAUUCAGUUAAACCUCCAUGGAAUUGUUGCAGUAGAAUCGGCCUGUCUGAUCAAAGAUCAAACAAGUCAUUCUACGUCGGAAAAUAAUGUUGAUACUCAUGCAGAAAAUAUGGAGGGAGAUGAUACAAGGAAAAGUAAGGCUGUUAAGAGACAGGAUAUUCCUGUCAGUGAAAGUAUUGAUGGUGGAAUGACCCUCAUGGAGCUAUCCCAAGCUCAGGAAAAGGAAUGCCAGUUAGCUGAGCAAGACAUCAAGGUGGAGCGAACUAAAGAUAAGAAAAACACCCUGGAGGCAUAUGUCUAUGAAACUCGUAAUAAGCUUUUGAAUACCUACCGGAGCUUUGCUACGGAUUCGGAGAGGGAGGGUAUCUCUAGUAAUCUACAACAGACUGAAGAGUGGCUCUAUGAAGAUGGAGAUGAUGAGUCUGAACAUGUUUAUGCGGAGAAGCUAGAGGAUCUUAAAAAGAUGGUGGAUCCCGUGGAGCAUCGGUAUAAGGAAGAAGAGGCGCGGGCACAAGCAACACGAAAUCUAUUAAAUAGCAUUGUAGAACAUCGGAUGGCUGCAGGAUCACUUCCUGCCAGUGAGAAAGACACUGUCAUUAACGAAUGCCAUAAAGCAGAGCAGUGGCUUCGAGAUAAAUCCCAUCAGCAGGAGGCAUUGCCCAGAAACGCUGAUCCAGUAUUGUGGUCUAGUGAAAUCAAGAGAAAGACUGAAGCUUUUGAAGCGAUGUGCAAGCAUGUAAUGAGGCACAAGUCAUCGCCCCAAAAAACUGAGGAUGGCUCAGGUUCGGACCCCAGAAGUAAAAGGGAGGAUGGCAUGGAUGUAGAUUAAGCUGCAUCAGAGACAAGUAUGAGAGCAGGCAUGACAAAUGAUCAAAUCAAUUGUUAUUGAGGCUGAGAAAACCUCAGCUACUAGAGGCUUAUUGCAAGUUAUCUCUGGUACUUAAAUCAAAUCACAUUCUUUAUUUUGGUUAUAAUCUUUUGUUGUCUAUGCAAAUUUUGCUUUCUUCAUGAUGUGGAUUCACUUCCCCAAGUCAUUAUGUUACCUUAGUGGCCUCAAAAUAUAAAUUGAUUAUGUGCAGAGUUUCUGCUGCUUUUGUGGUUUUUAACCGCUUAUAGGAGGGAUCACACGCUGGAAACAUUUUGUACUUGGACAUUAAGAAAAAAGCUAAAGGUUUUCAUCUGUUUUGUUCUCUGUUUUGAGUAGUGCAAUAGCCUUAGGAGUUGUUUUGUUUGCGGAUAAAGUUAGACAGGAAUUGUAAUGCAGAGAUUGUAAUGCAUGGAUAAAGAAUCAUUUGUAUCUGGUGCA